AUGGCCUUCGGCUUUCUCGGGCCGUGUGGUUUGAAUCUACCGCAUACACAUCCACGUGCAACAGAAAUUAAUUUCUCCAUCGAUGGCACAUUGAGAGCUGGCUAUUUUCAAGAGAAUGGUGCAAAAUUUGUUAUGACUGAAGUUAGGCCAAAUCAAGCAACGGUCUUUCCUAUAGGUUCCAUUCAUUUUCAACAAAACAUAGGCUGUAAGCCUGUAAAAUUUGUUGCUGCAUUUAAUCAUGAAGAUCCAGGUGUAUUAACAAUCGCAAAUUCAUUUUUUGGACAAUUCCCAGACGAUAUUGUUCAAGCAUCAUUGGGAGGCGAGCUCUCAGCUGAAGAAUUU